GUAGCUACUGUCGGAUACCGGUCCACCUGCCGAUUUCGGCUGGUGAUCGGCUGACAUAAUGCACCCAAUUGGGAGCGCGACGCGUGUACGGGCGUACGAAUCCUUGUUCAUUGACUUUUACUUGUUUCCAUCGUGCUGAACUGAAAUCAUGUCCAGAUCAUACGAUCGCGCUCUCACCGUCUUUUCACCCGAUGGUCAUCUAUUCCAGGUCGAAUAUGCUGCCGAGGCUGUCAGAAAAGGCACUUGUGCUGUAGGUGUUCGAGGAAAGGACGUAGUAAUUUUGGGCGUGGAGAAGAAGUCGGUACUACAGCUGCAAGAUUCGAGAACGGUAAGAAAGGUUGUGAUGUUGGAUGACCAUAUUUGUUUGGCGUUUGCUGGUCUUACGGCGGAUGGCCGCGUCCUGAUUGACAAGGCUCGAAUAGAGUGUCAGAGUCACCGUCUCACAGUCGAGGAUCCCGUCACCGUUGAAUACAUCACAAGACAUAUUGCUGGCAUCCAGCAGAAAUACACCCAAUCCGGAGGUGUCAGACCGUUCGGCAUUUCAACGUUGAUCGUCGGAUUCGAUCCCCAUGAUAGCAGGCCUCGUUUAUACCAGACUGAGCCAAGUGGAAUCUAUAGUGCUUGGAAGGCUAAUGCCAUUGGUCGAUCGUCGAAGACUGUCCGUGAAUUCCUAGAGAAGAAUCACAAGGAUGACCUGUCUCGGGAGGAAGCCAUCAAGCUGACCGUCAAGAGCUUGCUCGAAGUCGUACAAACGGGUGCGAAGAACAUUGAAAUCAGUGUGAUGGAGAGCUACGGAAAGGUCACGAACCUGGAUUUGUCACAAAUUGAAGCCAUCGUUUCUGAGAUUGAAAGAGAGAAGGAGGCAGAGGCGGAAAGAAAGCGAUCCAGACUUGCAGCCACGGCCGCGGGUCAGGCAGCUAUGGAGUCACGAGCUACAGAAUCAUCAGGGUAGAGUACACAAAAUGAAUGUUAUCAUGUUUUUCUCCAUUAUUUUUUUAAGGUUUACAUUCUUGACAUGGUUUCUUGUGAGCAUCG